AGUCCAGCCCAGGCAACUUAGUGAGACCUUGCCUCAAAAAAUAAAACAGCUCAGUGCCAAAGCCUUAGGCUCAAUCCCCAAUUUCCCCUACCCCAGUAACCUUCGGGGAAGAAAGCACCGUAAUCUACAUUGGUCACAGACAGGAAGGGUGGGUUAAUUCACAGCGGGAGAAUUCCGGGUAAGAGAGUCUAGUCUGUGAGGAGAGGUGCUUACUGCUCCUGAAUUGAAGUUAAAAGUGCACUGCUGACCAGCAAUGAUGGGGUUGAAAUCAAGGGUGCAACAUUCAGGGAUUUCUUUUGUUGGGGGACAGUACUGGGGCCCAGAUUUCAAGGUGUCACAUGUGCUAAGCGCAGGCCCUACCCGAGCCACACCCUUAGUUCCGGUUUCCACAUACUGGGUAUUUUUGUGGAUUUUGCUAGCAGUGAGCUGUUAGCGGUUAACUGUAUCUUCUUCUCUCUCCUACACUGUGACCUUUAUAAAUAAAUUAGGACAACACUUUGCGAAUUUUUCUUUUGUCAUCAGACAUUUACCACAUUAUGUAACCUUUACCAGAAUUUACAGAACAUUUUUAUCAUCCCAAACAGAGAUUCUGCACCCAUUACGCAAUAAUCCCCCUACUCUCCUCCCUUCAGCCUCUCUGGUAACCCCUAAUCUCUGUCUCUGUGGAUCUGCCUUUGGAGGCAUUCCAUGAAUGUGAAAUCUAGCAGUGUUUGUCCUUCUGUAUCUGGCUUAUCUCACUGGCGUAAUAUCUUGAAGUUCAUUUGUGUCACUGUAACCGCAGAUUUACAGUGUGGCCGCUUUUAGUGGUAUAGCAAGAUCGGACCAAGAAGAAUCCAAACAAACCUGGAGGUUAGAGAUGCUGGUGACCUCACCUCUGCCGUUGGCAGCUGUCUCACUGGUCAUCGCACUACUGGCCUUCUUGCUAAUAUUAAGACGCUGGGGCUGGGGCCUGUUAAUCAUAUAUUAUUACGAGUUCAUUCUGCGGCCAGUCAAAAAUCUGGCUAUGGGAGACACUAAGGAACAGCGCAUUCUGCACCACGUGCAGCAGCAUGCGAAGCCUGGGGACCCCCAGAGCGUGCUGGAAGCCAUUGACACCUACUGCUCACAGAAAGAGUGGGCCAUGAACGUGGGCAACAAGAAAGGUAAGAUCAUGGAUGCCGUGAUUCAGGAGCUCGGCCCCUCCCUGGUGCUGGAGCUGGGCGCCUACUGCGGCUACUCAGCUGUGCGCAUAGCCCGCCUUCUGCCAGCCGGUGGGCGGUUGUUCACCAUGGAGAUCAACCCCAACUUCGCCGCCAUUGCCCAGCAGAUGCUGGACUUCGCGGGCCUGCAGGACAAGGUCACCAUCCUGCUUGGGGCGUCCCACGAGCUCAUCCCCCAAAUGAAGACGAAGUAUGGUGUGGACACGCUGGACAUGGUCUUCCUCGACCACUGGAAAGACCGCUACUUGCCAGACACCCAUCUCCUGGAGGAAUGCGGCCUGUUGCGGAAGGGGACGGUUCUUCUGGCUGACAAUGUCAUUGUCCCGGGAGCGCCAGAAUUCCUGGCCUAUGUCCGUGGGAGCAGCAGCUUUGAAUGCACACACUAUAGCUCUUACCUGGAGUACAUGCAGGUGGUGGAUGGCCUGGAGAAGGCUGUCUACAAAGGCCAAGGCAGCCCAGGGCCUUAACGGACCACCCUGCCAAGUCUGAUUCAGAAAGAUGAGACGGACAUGUUCCUGCUGAGUUCGUGUCUGUGAUUCCAGGGUCUUUCCUUAAAUGUAAAGCGUACUUCGGGCCUGAGCCUUGCUCGGGCUGACCUUGUGUGUUUCACUUCCAAACUGUCACACGCUGGCGCACGUCAAAGUGUAGGGAGCUCACCGUGCAGAACCACUGCAAUACAUCUGGGCAAUACCUGCUGAUACAGACUGAGCGAAGGGGUCAGAGACAGCUCAUUGGUAGAACACUGGCUAGUAAGCCUGAGGCACUAGGCCCAAGCCCCUAGCACUGCAAAAAAUAACAAAAAACUAGAGGAGAGCCAAUGAGAGUCUCACUAACUGGCAAAUGGAAUUCUAAAGGGUGCGUACAUGGGUAGGUCCGCAGGCACUGACAGAUCCAUUAGCUCAGAAAGGGUGAGGAGACUGCAAACAUCUGGAAACUGCUGGGCUCACACUCAGGCUAUCCUAGAGGUUUGCUGUUAACAGGCGCCAGCAGUGUCUCGGUGACAGUACCUACUACUAACUCACGUCACACUUCUGACUGGAUUUUCUACCUUUUAAGAAUAAAGUCAUAACUUCUUUACUGAA